CAGAGUGAGGCUGGUAGAUUGUGUGGGCGAGAAGAAUAAAUGUAGCCAUACUGGUUCCAUCUGGAGGCCGGACGCCGAUGGUGAAGAGCCCGCUUCGACAGAGUGGAUCCAUGGUGUUGUGAGUCAGUCAGAGCCAAGCGAUGGGAGGUGUGCAUUUAUGUCUUCUGUUGUUCCUCUGCACGGACCUUCUGGCCGCUCAACUCUCGCCGAGAUCGCGGACUUUCGUCUCGUCUGCCGAGCAGAGGCCACUGCUCCCGGCCACGCAGGCGGCCGCCAACGACGUUCCGCGCGGCUCCUUCUUCCGCCAACCCUGGGCCAAGAGGGACCCCCGUUACUCGGACCCCGACAAGGUGGACCCCGCCGCCGGCCGCUCGCUCAGAGUGCGACGAGCCAACCGCCAGUACGACGUGCCCCAGAUAGAGUGCCCGUCCGCCGAAGACGGUACGGAAAGGUUCGCAUGUCCUUCCGCCGACAGAAUGGGUCGCUACCGCUGUAUCGACGAUCACGUGCUGUGCGACGGAUUCAUCGACUGUCCCAACGCGGAAGACGAAGACCGCAUGAGUUGUAUGUUUUAUAAGACGACCAAAGCGCACCUGGACGUUCUGGCCGACGCUCUUCUUCGCUGGGCCCGAGGACGAUACUGAGCCCAUCCUCUAACCUGCACAUCACUUCCCGGCCGCGCCCGCGGGCGCCGCUUCUCUGUUUUGAUUGUGACUGGAACACCUGCCGGAAACAAUCGAAAUUUCGAAAAAAAAUAUAAAAAAAACACCCCCCGUCAUCUGUUCCAAAAGUAAAUCUGCA